AUGGGCGGGCAGGCAACUUGCGAGCAACACGAUGCAGAAACCCCAGAGCUGACCACAACCUCCAUACCCCCAGACCGAGAGCUCGAUGGGCUGGAAUUGAGUCCCGCACGCUGCAGGGCUGACAUGGCAGGGUGGCAUCGUGAGGAAGCUAGUCCGAGUCUUGGCAACUCUGCUCUCCUGGUAGACCGGGCCAUUUGGAUCGUCGGCAGGCAAGGUUGGAGCAGGGACCGGGCAACUGGGGUCGGAUCUUCGGCGCCCCCACCGCGGCUGGACUGGAGUGCCUCCGCAAGGUUGGGUGCCUUGUGGUUGAAUUACUGGACGGCAAUGGAGAACGUGAUGGAAUGGAAGGGAGAGGAGAUACGUCGAAAACCGCGUGUCUCGGGGUGA